CUUAAUCGAGAGAGGAAGGAGAAGAAGGGGCUACCGUGCCAUGAGAGCUGCAGAAACUUGUCUAUGCCAACCGGGUCACAGGAUUUGCAAGGGCACCAAACUGGGAAGAAGCACCCAUUAACUGGCACGGAGAAGCAACUGUUUUCCUAUGUAAGCUGGGGCGUCGCUGCUGAUUUGGAGACUGUCCAAGUGUAGAAGCUCGCACGGACGCAAAGGGACGUUUCUUUCUUGCAUGCAAGGGAAAGACACCAGCAAAUUGUGGGGAAGAAUGUGUGCCAUGGCUGAAAGGAGGACUUGAUUCUCAAUGAAUCCGGGGGAACUCUGAUGGCUGACCCAGAGAGGUAGCAAGACUGGUCUCCUCCAUGCCUGGAGACCGAGUGAGGGCUCUCUCCGGGAAGGAACACUGGAGCGGCCAUUCAGAGCUUGCCCCGCCUGUAAUCAGAAGAGAGCGGAGGGACUUGGGGCGGGCUGAAAGUCUGGAGGGAGACAAUCUGGAUCUCGAGGGGUUGACUACAAACAAGAGGCGCGAGACGGACUUUGAACAGGGGCGUCUGGAAUCCAAUUUAGGACGAAACCAGAGCAGCAAGUCAGGGCAGCUCCUGCUUCGAACGGAGGGGAAAGAAGACAGCAGAAACCUGUUGCAAUCAUUGGGAUCAGUGCAGAGCUUGGGACGGAACACGCCAGAAGCCCCAGCCACCCCCGUGUCCAUUCUUUCCGCCGGAGGUUUGCACAGUCCGGUUGGUGAAAAGCCUGCGCAUCACCCUUUUCCGGUUGGUGUUGCUUGGAGCUCGGCUCGUGCCCGGUGCGACGCUCCAGAUGAUGACGAGCCUGCGCGGCGUUGUGAGGAAUUGGAGCAACGGAUAGAACGCGUCACGUCCUGGGUUGAAGAGUCGCCAACAGGUGGGAUGGAUGAGGAGCGUCUGAAGAUGGAGGACCGGGGAUCCUCCUCCGACAAUGACAGCAUCGACACCGACUUGGCUUCGGUCAGGUCUUCCUUUGAGAUGGGGGACGACCAGCGGCCGUCGUUUGAUUUCACGUCCGAGUUCAAGGGCGAGUUUCGGCCGCUCCCAACCAUGGUCCCCGAGACGUCCCAAAACCUGGAGGGGUUUGCAGACAUGGCGUCCGAGACGAUGUCUGGCGAUCUGGACACUCCCUCUACGAGCUCCCAGGAGUUUAUGCAGAUGGUCAGCGACCAGGUUGACGGGAAGAUGUCCAGAAGCCGCCACAACGUUCUGCUGAAUUUGAUUGGCCAGGGCAGCGGCGCGCUGGAAGACGAGGCGGAGCUAAUCCUAUACGACCACGAGACGGCGGAGCAGUUUGUGCGGGCGUCUCUGCGGACACAGCUCCUUUACUUCAGUCUCGUGGCGAUUGCGAGCAUGACGGUCGCGGGGUUCAUGCUCUCGCUGCUCUUCUCCAGCAUCAAGAUCAACAGCCAGCUUCUAUCGGAGUACGAAGGGCAGCGAGCGCACCCCCCCUCCCACGGCCAUGACUGGUGGAUCUUCGGCAGCAUGGCGGGCCAGGGGCUGGUUACACUGCUAGCCGUCCUGAUCACCGCGCUCGUUGGAGCGUACGUGACGGACAACAGGAGGGCGGUCCAGAAGGCGCAGCAUCGUGCUGAGAGGCGAGAGCAAGACGAUCUGUUGGCGAGCCGGCGUUCCGAGAGAAGGGCCAUGGAGCGCGCCAAGACAGCCACACGAGCAAAGCAGCAGUUCAUGGCUUAUGUCUUCCACAACAUCCGAGUCCCGUUCAACGCCAUUGUGCUUGGGUUGGGACACAUGCGCGCGGCCGAGUUUGGCGAGUCCCUGCCGGGGGACAAGAUGGACCUGAUCCAGAUGAUGUUGGACUGCGCCGAGACGAUGACGAGCGUCCUCGAUGACGUCACGGAUAUGAGUCAAUGGGAGGACAACAAGCUGGACCUGCGCACCGACAACUUUGAUUUACUGGCUGUCGUUCGUUUCCUGAGCUGGGGCCUGCGCGAUCUGCUCGACCAGAAGAACAUCAACUUCGGCAUGGUCAUCGACCCCCGCGCGCGAGCGGUGCUGUCCAGCCACAAGACAGUCGGGGACAAGCACCGGGUGGUCCAGGUGCUGGGCCAGUUCCUGAGCAACGCGGUCAAGCUCACCCCCCGCAACGGCGAGAUCAACCUCGUCAUGGCGUGCGAAGAUCUGGAGUGGAUCGAGGAAGAGCAGCUUGGCGCGAUCGGGUGGCGCAUCGUGCGCACCGAGCGAAAGCCGUCGCGCAACUCGUCAUCCCACUCGAAACACCCCCUCUCCGACGACCCCCUGUAUACGUCACCGAGCAUGUCGGUCGGGUCCGACCCUAUGUCGUCUGCCGAGGAGAUGCUCCCACGAAAGGUGAGCCUCACACCCCGUGCGAAGAAGUCCGGGCUCGGGAUGUAUUCCCCACGGCGGCGCAGCCGACAGUCUUUCGAGCGCCCUUCCGGUGGAGAUCCAUUCGUCGAUUUGCCAGCGGUGCAGAGGGUCGACUCGGAUGACGUGGAGUCGGGAGGGGCGGAUUCAGAGCCGGGGGGGAGUGACUCUGCAGCCCAAACGAGCCCCAGGGAAGAAGACAACGCACCCGAGGCUUCGCUAAUGGAGAAACGAAGUCCCCGAAUGGAGGCGAACAAGCCCACGCAGUUGCAAAUUCCAGGAGAGACGUCGGGUGCAGGAGACUCGGCAGGCGCAGGAGACGCGUUGGGAGGCUCUCUGAAGACGCCUGGGGGGUCCUUGUCCGCACCAUCACCCGCAGGCCCCUUCGAGAUGGCCCGCAUACCCAGCAUCACCAGCAGCACCGGCAGCGGUGUCAAUCGCCACGAGAGCCUCCCAGCAAUGCCACCCAUGACACCAAAAGCGGAUCCGACCCUCGAUCUCGCCACGACCAGCUCUCCCUCCAAAGGCCGGUCCCGUAGGACCAGCCUCGAUUCGGCCACAACCCCUCCCGACCUCACCGCAGAUAUUGCGGCUGCGCUUGCCUCCGGAUAUUCCGGCUGGUCGGGCGCAUACGGACUCCAGGAUCGGAUUGGGGGGGUGAAGCUGUCGCGGGACGCCAUUAACCCUGCGUCACUUGCGGCGGGCAUCGAGAGGAGGAUGAGCUCCGGGGGGAUCACGCCCCAGCUGAGCGCUGAGGGCGACGAAGGGGGGCAACUAGAGGUGCGGGACGGGAAGACGAAGGACGAGAUGCAGAAGGAGAUCCGGAAGCAGCGGCGCAAGGGGCUGAACGAGACGAUUCUGCAGCUCAAGGGGGGGGAGCUCGAGGGUGAUCGGGGCAGGCGGCCGACCCCCCGGAGAAAGGUGCAGGAGGCGCGGAGGGCGCACGAGCAGAAACGGUCGUUCGAAGUGGAGGUGACGGAGCUUCCGCCGGAAAAGGAGAAGAAUCCGUUGGAGUCGUCGCACGAGAGUUUGAGCCCGAGCGGGAGCGGGCGGAUGCAGUCCUCCAAGAGCCUGGCGCAACUGCCGAUUGUUGGGUUUGCGACGAUCAGGAUCAGUGUCAAGGACACGGGGCCAGCCAUAACCGAGGAGGAGCAGGAGAAGCUCUUCGAGCCAUACUCGCGUAUUGCCACGGGGUGCAUGCAGCGCGCAGGCGUCUCGACACUGGGCCUCAGCCUUGCCAAGCGCUUCGUCCGUCAGGUCGGGGGCUCCAUUGGCGUUGAUACCCAGACGCCCAACGGCAACUGCUUCUGGUUCUCCGUUCCGUUUCCGCUCGUGGCCGAGGACGAGACCGCCAACGACUCGACAGCCUCCCUCGCGAGCUCGGACGUCGAGAAAACGUCCGAUCCCGGGAGUAGCGAGGCGGGCCCUCCUGCGACCCCGCCUCAGGGGAUGGACGCGCAGAACGAGGUCCACCGCGCGUUCACCGAGAAGCUUGCGAAGAAGCUCAGCGGGGGAACGCAGACAAAAACCUCGGCAGUCGGUCGGGCGCUGCAUCAAGCGAUCAGCCGGUCUUUGAGCGGGAGCUUGCGAGGUGACUUGGAGCAGAUGUCGGAGCUGCGGCGGCAGCUGAGCGUCGAGAAGGAAGAGAGCGAUCAGGAAAAGACGCAGGCGGAGAAAGACGCAAACGACAGCAAGCGCAAGGUGCUGCUCGUCGAAGACACCGAGAUCAACAGGAUCAUCAUGCGCAAGGUGCUGCAGAACUUGGGCCUGCUGUGCGACGAGGCAGAGAACGGCAAGGUCGCGGUGGAUCUGCUCAAGCAGGGGCGCAACUACGACCUCAUUCUCAUGGACAAGGAAAUGCCCGUGAUGGACGGUCACGAGGCGACGCGGCUUCUCCGCCAGAUGGGUGUGAAAACGCCCAUUAUCGCGCUCACUGGGAAUGCGCUCAAGUCCGACCGGGAGCUCUUUUUCAAGGCCGGGGUGGACGAGUUUCAAACCAAGCCGCUCUCCCGUGACAAGCUAGUGCAUCUGCUUGUGCGACUUGGCUGGAAAAAGGAGCAGCUUGGGAAGGGGGAGGGAAACGUGUUUAGUCCCAAAGCGCCUCCUCGCAAAGCGGCUGGGACUGUUGCAAAAGCUAAUUAGAUAUUGCGUGCUGGUCUGCUCAACACCGCACAUUGCUGGCUUCCAUUUAGUAGGUGGAUCAUGUAGAGGUUCAGUCGAAGGGAGAUGACGUCUCACGGUAGAGCCCGUUGCUUGAUGCAGCCCUUGACCCGCGACAGACUAGUCCAUUUGAUGGUGCGCUAUGGGUUGGAAAACAGAGGUUCCACAUAGCGCCGCAUUCGUUGGCCUGAGCCGUCCGGUUGGUUGUAGGAGGUGCGGAUGGAGACUUCCAAUUUCGAAGGCGUUCUUAGAACGCUGUCGUAGGCUAGGUGUCCAAGCUAAUGCAUGCACGCAGUUCGACAGUGAGCUCCCGCGGAUAGGGGUCACAGGUCUGAGUCUGGUUAGGCACUGGCUCGCGCAAGUUUUCCGUUUGAUGGACCGCCUAACCCAUCUGGUGGCGUAGCCACGGUCAUAUGGUAGACAACCUUAAUCUUGCCUUUCAUUGCUCUUUUCUUCAAGAGGUUUGGACGUCCCUCAGUCUGGCUCAUUACCCCAUUGUUGGGCCACUUAAUGAUUGACAAACCAUAAGGAACCUGGAGCGUUGGGAAUCAGUGAAAGGUGGGACAGUUGGUUGUGUCUUUGUCGGACGGUCAGGACUUCUCGACAAUUGACUUGGCAAGACGGUGAUUUGCCUUGUUGUUCAUAGCUGUACUAGGCUGGGUUCCGAUCUUGCGCAUGCCAUUGUAGUCACUAAAAUGCGGCCGGCGUCAUAUGUUGUCUAUCCGAUAAGAACUCAU